GAAUAAAGGAGUAGUUUUAGCCGCCGCCGCCGCCGUAGAGCCCGUUCCCCCUCCCGCGGCCAGCGACCAUGUCGAGUGGCCUGAACAUGUCCCUAGACGACCUCAUCAAGCAAUCCAAGUCCAGGCCCAAAGCCAACCCCGCCUUCUCUUCCGGGCCCACCCGCCGGGCGGCGCCGUCCGCCCGAACCAUGCCCUACCCGCCGUCUGCUCCCAAGGCCGCCACCGCCGACUCUCUGUACGGUGUCUACUCCGAGCACGUUGCCGCCAUGGCAACCUCCCCGCCACCGCCGGCGGUGGCCGGGCCACAGGCACUCGAGACGGGCACGAAGCUGCACAUCUCCAACCUCGACUCCAGCGUCACCGUCGAGGACGUCCAGGAACUCUUUUCAGAGAUUGGUGAGCUCAAACGUUAUUCUGUUAACUACGAUAAGGAUGGGAAGUCUCAGGGAAGUGCGGAAGUUGUCUUUGCAAGAAAAGUAGAUGCUUUGGAUGCUAUUGAGAGAUAUAAUGGUGUUCUGCUUGAUGGGAAGCCAAUGAAGAUAGAGCUCAUUGGAAAUAAGACCGAGCCACACCCAACAGAACCUUUGAUGUACAACGGCACUUCUUCUAACUACAAUGCAACUCCAAACAGUUUGCUUCAGAGAGGUGACCAGAGAGGGCCAUUUCAUGGUAAUGGUCGUUCUGGAGGCAGUGGUCAGGGCGGUGCUGGCAAAAGAGGAAUGUUUCAAGGCAACGUUCGUCCUGGAAACACUGUCCAGGACGGUGGUGGGCGGGGACAGGGCAGAGCCAGAGGGCAUGAUCGCAGCCGAGUUCCGGCCUCUGCUGCGGAUCUUGAUGCUGAACUGGAGCAGUAUCAUGCAGCAGCAGUGAAGCAAAAAUGAGGCUCUGAUGUACUCCGUAUAUUUUAUACUCCCUCCGUCCAUAUAUAAGUGACGUGGUUUUAGUCCAAAUUUAAACUAAAACCACUUCACUUAUUUAUGAACGGAGGGAGUAUAUAUAUAGAUUGUUGCAUUAUUAGUUUUCUGCUUUUAGUCGUCAGGUACCAUGUUGAGAAAAGUUGGAAGGCAUUAAUUCGACAUUUACAUCUGCUGUGCUUUUGAUAUCCCUACUCCGUGCUGGAUAUGUCGUAUUACCUAAUUUUGAAACAGGGGUGUUCUCUUGGGGUUUAUUUGGAUAAUAAGAUUACAAAGAACUAGUUCUUGUUAAAUUCAAUUUCUAACUGAAUCUUGGAUA